AUGGCCUCUCCGACUUUGCGUCUCGACUCUCGCCACCUCGGCGAUGAUCGCAUGACGGAGGUGCCUGGCGUUGGCCUGGUUCCUAAUCGGCCGCGUUCAUCUGGUCGUUUCAUUGAUCGAGAAACACCUCAAAGGCAUUCUCAGCGACACGGUUCAAGCCGUGAAGAAAGCCAUGAUAACCAGAUCUUCAAACAGGAAAGCCCAGACAAUGCUCCGGCGGAUGAGAAUGGCAAGAACGUCGUCCGUACAGAUUCUGACAUGUCUACACCGAAGUAUUACUCUCCAAUGCAGUUCCUCGCUGAAAUCUUUGAUCGUAGGCGGUGCGAACUCAGCGAAGAGGUCACAAGGCAGGCAGCCCUCAGUAGUAAUGCCAGUCACGAUCAGGGUGAUCACAUGAACCGGCAUCGCUUCUACGCCAGAGACCAACUCCAAAAUCAGAGGAGUAACUCGUCAGCAAGGAGAUCGUCCGAGCCGAUCGGCCUCAAGCGAGAGGACUCCACAGAGCUCCAAGAUGAAGUCCAAUCCGAUACCGAUGACGCCUCCGGAACGACUUCACGGCCCAAGAAACGUGCAAAAUCGACUUCAAGCGGAACACGAGGUGGUUCCAGGCGACGCAGCUCUCCCCCCCCAGGUUCAGGGUCGAGUUCGCCAGCUCCAGACGAACGAGCUAGAAUUUUCCAAGGUUGCAGGUGUCCGGUCGGUUUUGACUGUCCCAAAAAGAAAGACGAUUUAGUGGACUGUCGGACGCUGGUACUGGAGCGUGAGAAAUGGAUUUGGGAUCAAAGACGAAAACGCGCUGAAGACUUACCACCGGACCUUCCUGAGGAAGAAGAGCCUUUCCUGACAGUACAAGAGACGAUUCCGAUUAUCAGGCUCCUGGACCAGGUUCGCACACGCGGACGUAUGUCAAUGGCGAUUCGGCACACCUUUACCAAGAUUCAGGAAUGGAUCCGAUUGAUGCAAAAUCACUCAAUGACACAACAGAUUCUCGACGAGUCUCGAGUCCUCGAGCAUUUGAAAAGAUUUCUUUCAGACGACUACAUGCCAAUCCGGAUCGAGAAGGGUGUCCCCGAGCAUAUCGUCGAGGACUUAACUUACCUGCAUCGUAAGUGGGAGUUUGGCGAUCUUGGAGUCCUCGCACGUCGCGGCCUUCGGGCACGCACCCUCCAUCGCCCGCUAUAUCCCGACCCGGAUUGGGAGUGGAAACGGGAGGCGAAUGAUUUCGGCCACGGCCACCUUAUCAACGGCCAGACCUGGUGUUUGCGCGCCGAGAUGAUGCGCGACGGGGCUCACGCACCGCCCAUAGCGGGAAUUUCGGGCACCAAGAGCAAAGGGGCACGCAGCGUUGUGAUGGGGUACCACGACGAAACCAAACAACACUUCUACGCCGACGUCGACGAAGGAGAGACGAUAUACUACUACGGCACCGCUCUCCCGCCCGAAGGGCGCGAUACAAAACCCACCAAUAUCAAGGACCCAGUGACCCAGCGGGUCGAGCGUGUUACCAAGAACUCCAGGGGCGAGGGUCCGACCGCGGCGACUGAAUCGCUCUUCACCUCAUACACGACCGGUCGCCCUGUCCGGGUGUUCCGGUCCUUCCGGCUGGCGAAGAUCGUCCCGUGGCGACCCGUCACGGGCUUUCGGUACGACGGGCUCUACAUCGUCACGGCGCCAGAACUGGUCAAGAUCGAGCGCCAGAUCUAUCGGUUCAAGAUGGAGCGGAUGACAACUGGCCAAGGUCCGCUUCGACACAGCGGCGCUCCCUUGCGUCCGGAAAGUCGAGGCAGUCAAAAACGGCGGCGAGACGGGUCGUGA